UGGAACGCAGCCCGAUCCGGACCGGUUCAUUGCGUCACAUCAAAACAAAGUUUUACGGGUUCAAGCUAGUUUGUUAGCCUGCGAGUUGCGUACAGAACUUUCAAGUACGUUUUCUAGCCGUGGUAGCCACUUUUUUCAAUUCAGUUCAAUUUUUGUUUUAUUUGACAGAGUGAGUUUUAUCGGCGUGUGUUAGAUUUAUGUAAGAAACGUUUGUGGCGUUUUUACAAAUAGCCAACUAGCGUGUUUAGCUAGCGUUUAGGUGCUAUCAGUUUGACUUGUCAGCCUGCCUCAGUUUUUUUAGCCUUGAAUGCUAACUGUCGGCAACGUGACAUGAAGUGAAGUGAUGAAGUUAUGGAGGAGCAAAAGCUAAAGAGAAAAAGUACCAAGUCCUCCACCAACACAUCGGCCCCGACAGGAGGCUCUGGCCGGAAGAACAGCUCUUCGUCCGGCGGCAGACAUGUCGGCUACAGCCACAACGCGGGGGCUAAUUCCAGCCAAAAAAGCAGGAGCAGGAGAGGAAUCAGAGACAAACCCAAAAAUCUGCCGGGUUCAGCUGUUAAAGCUAACCAGAACCAGGGCCAGGCUGCACCCAGCACCCAGCACUCGUUUCUGACGGAUGUCUCAGAUGUCCAGGAGAUGGAGAAUGGCCUGCUCAGUCUCCUCAACGACUUCCACUCAGGGAAAUUACAGGCAUUUGGUAACGAGUGCUCCAUCGACCAGAUGGAGCACGUCAGAGAAAUGCAGGAGAAGCUAGCACGCUUGCACUUUGACCUCUAUGGUGAAGUCGAUGAAAUGCCAGAGGACCAGAAGAAAACCGCCUGUGACGCCAACAUGGACAAGUUACUUCUUAACCUCGAGGAGCUGAGUUCCUCCAUUCAGAAACUGAAUUUAGCCGACACCCAAGAAAUCCAGAGGACGUCCAGCAUGUGAUGUUUUUUUUUUUUUCUUAUUUCAUCUUUUCUAAAGCUUUGCUGUUGUUUCCGUACGCUUGUCAGGAAUGUAACAAAUAAGAACAAGUGAAACAAAUGUAAUGUUUUUAUUACUUUUAAGAGAAACUCCAGCAAAGCUGUCCGCUGUUGUGUGGUUUUGAUACCAGAUUUUACAGCGGGGCUCCAGCUGCUAAAAGAAAAAUAACAUCUUAUUUUACUUAAGAACAAAGUGUGAUAAAUGAGCUGCUUCGUGUGGUUUGACUUUUGUCUAUCGUGAUCGUUUUAAAGCAAAAAUCUGGAGUUUUUUACUCAGAAGACACCAUCUAGAGGUAGAAAAACGUAUUGCACAUGAAACCACUCUUCCUACUUCUAUGAUUACGACUAGAAGCAACGCCUCUCUUUUGUGAUUGCACACCUCACACGACUCAGCUAAAACAUAGUUUUACUGUUAUUAUGCUGCUUAUUCAUAUAUACACUACCGGACAAAAGUUUUAGAACACCCCAAUUUUUCCAGCUUUUUAUUGGAAAUGAUGCAGUUUAUUGACACAUUGCACUCUGAAAUUAAAGCAUAGUACAAAUAAGCAAUCGGAGUUAAAAAGGAAAUCAUGGAAACAGUUUAUAGCCCAAAUGUAUUAAAAAAUUUUGACUCAUCAAAGUAUAACAGCUGAACACACUCGUGGCAUUCUUUCUACAAUAGAAAUGAAAUAAUCUUCCAUGUCUGUUGCAGAAGUUCCCAUAAAUGUGUGGCGCUUGUAGGUUGCUUUGCUUUCACUCUUCUGUCCAGUUCAUCCCAAACCAGCUCCGUGGGGUUUAAGUCUGGAGACUGUGCUGGCCACUCCAUGUUUUCAAGCUCACCAUGCUGUUCUUUUUUCCUGAGGUAGUUCUGGCACAGCUUGGACUUAUGUUUAGGGUCACUAUCUUGCUGUAGGAUGAGCCCCUGGCCUACUAGUUGCAUACCACAGGGUACUGUACAAGUCGCCGAGCCUGGAUCCAGCAAAACAGCCGCAAACCAUCACACUUCCUUCUCCGUGUUUGACAAUUGAUGCCACACACGGUGGCAUGACAAAAGCCUUUUUGAGUAACCUUACUUUUUUUUUAACCUUUGGCAGUUCACCACUAAACUAGUUCACUGCCAGCCGUUUCCUGAUCAGUAAAGCCCUUCACUGCCAGCGUUUUUCAGCGUUUUCACAGAACGUUGCACGCUAGGAUGAUGACGCCAAAACAAAGUGGAGACUCACCUCUUGCAUCAGGAAGAGUCGGCGUGUUUCGAGCUUUAUCCGUUCUUCCAUAAUCCGUUGUUGAAUUGUGAUCGGCAGACGCUUUUCCGGUUCGCGCCUCACUUUUUUUACAGCAGCGGCCCAAAACGAUCUCCUAACACAUGGAUUUUCUGCUUCCUGAUCACGUGACGCGGUGACGUACACGAAUGAAGAUCGGCUUUAGAGCUGAGAUGUUAAUUCUCACGAUGCGGGGGCUCGUUCCGACGCCCACACAGUAAAAACAUGAAAAUGACGACUUUAUGUGUCCACAUAUGUGAUCGACAUCUGUACGUAAGCGGAUGUCUAAUGCUAUUGGCUAAUGCUAAGUGGCACUCCAUUAAAAUUGCAUGGGGCUCUAAGUGAUGAGGGACGGUCUUAACAAAAUAAAACGGACAUAUUGCCUCCAUUUAGGGCUGGGCGAUAUGGCCUAAAAUCAAUGUCCCGAUAUAUUGAGGAUUUCACCUCGAUAACGAUAAACGGACGAUAACUUCAGCUGCGCGCAGAAACAAAGGUUGUCCACUAGAUGGGGCUGUCACAUGUAUUACGUUGAGUCACAUUUUUACGUGACUAAAGGCGGUACAGCUUCUUAAAGGGACAUGAACGUUGCCAACCUACACACAUCCUUUAAUUUUUUUUAUUAUCAAACUUAUUGACAUGGGAAAAAUUGUCUCUAAAUGCUAAACUUUUGAUUUUUGCCCAGCUCAUCCUCCAUUAUAUCAUAUCACAAUGUAAGACGAUCUCUUACAGAUUUCUAAAAAGGCAUGCAUAAUUCCCGAAAGGGGGAAAACUCCGGAUUUCUGUUUUAAUGUGUGUUUUAAUUCCCAAACAGCUUAGAUUUGGAGAAUGUUGCUAACCAAAGUCAUCUAAACACAAUCCUUAUAUCACUGCUAAAGACCCAGGUCUUCACUUCUAAAAUCAUGAACACAGAAAUGUUUAUAAUUGCCUUUACUUACAGCUUUAAUCAGACUAGAACAUAAAUAAUGAUUCGAUGUAUAGAAAUUGGUGAAAUAUUUUAAAUCUGCCAAAAGAAAAGCAGCAUUAUGCACAUUAGAUUGUGAUUAUGUUAGUUCCUGAUUUCCUUUCUGCUCGUGUGGCCUGAUCACACCUCCAGCUUCUAAGUGUUACACGUAUUUGCACAGAAAACACAAAACAACUUCAGUUGUUAUCACAAUCAUGCCUUAAUUUUUAUUAAUUAGCAAAUGUUCUGCCUUUAUUGGUUUGUAACAUUUUGCUUUAGAGUUUGAAAGAUCGCAUUGAUGCUGCUUUAAAUCAGAUUAGAUUUUCUGAUUUUAAGGAGAAUUUUUGAGGUCUGUGGUUUUUUUUAUCAUGGACUUUUUGUUGUUUUUUUAAUUGAUAAUCUAAUAAAUAUGUUAAAAAUGAA